UCAGGUCUCCAUGACCGUCUUUACGAGCGGUGACUGUCCCGUGAUUUUUUUGUGAUAACAAAGGAAGGAGGUUCAAAGAAAUUCCACAUAAAUUAUAAAGCAAACAAUUUUACAUUGUUGCUUCUGGUAUGUGUGGAAUGGGGGAAGAUGAAGCAUCUUUCUGACCCAGUGGACAGAUAAUGUGGACCAUGCGGAACCAGCAAUGCCUAUAAAUAUUAGAAAUGAAAGUCUGGAGGGUAUUUCAUUGACACUUAAUCUGGAGAAGGGUAAGAACACCAUGUUCUAAUAUUAGAUAGUCAUGUCACAGCUGGUGUUUAUCUUGGUGUUUCAUGCGCUCACAUUUCUUCAAAUCUCAGCAGAGGAAGAAUGCCAAGUAUCUGAAGUGUUGAAGCUGAAGGAAGAGAUUCGUAAGCUGAAUAAUAAAUUGCUGAUUGGGGAAUGGAAAGUUAUGCAUCUGCGUAAUCACCGACGCUUCAAGCUGAUUCCCAACCUGGAACUAUCACUGGAACACAAGACGACCCCUGAAAACAACACUGAACCUUCACCCACCCUACCAAGUACUGGAGGCUCAUUAUUAGUUCAUGACAAAGAUUGUUCGGAGUUAUAUGACAGACUAAAACCAGGGAGCGGAUUCUACAGGAUUAAACCCAAACUGUCAGUUGAACCAUUCCUUGUGUACUGUGAGAUGGAAGAUGGUGGGGGCUGGACUGUGAUUCAGAAACGGAUCAAUGGGAAAGUUGAUUUUGACAGAAAGUGGGAAGAUUAUAAAAAUGGAUUUGGUGAUUUUCAGUCAAGCAAAGAUGAAUUCUGGCUUGGGAAUGAUCAUAUUCAUGCCCUGCUCAAUGAUGGUGAAAAUGUGAUGAAAAUUGAACUGAUGGACUGGAAAGGAGAGAGAUCCUAUGCCAUGUACGACAACUUCAGAGUGUCAGAUGAAAAAGAUAAGUACAGGCUGCACUACGGGAUGUACAGUGGUCAGGCAGGAGAUGCACUGUCCGGAGGGGCCAAUAUGGUGGAGCAGUGGUCAGCCUCUCAUAACGGCAUGCAAUUCAGCACCCGGGACCAGGAUCACGAUCGCUACCUGCAAGGAAACUGUGCUGUUGAGAACAGGGGGGGCUGGUGGUAUAACAGGUGUCAUGCUGCCAAUCUUAAUGGGAGAUUUUACAGAGGUGGAGAGUACAAAGCCAAGCAUGAUAAUGGUGUGGUCUGGGGCACCUGGAGAGGACUGUGGUACUCUCUCAGACACACAGCCAUGAAGGUCCGGCCCAGCUCCUACAUGGACAACUUAGGGAGUGGAGUAGGACCUAUUGAGUAGCACAACAGUUGUGUAUUUUACAGUGUAUUAACUAUAAGAUUUACAAGGUAUGUGCCAAAAAUAAGAAAAGGAUCUUGUAGGGACAAAAGAAAAGACUUAUCUUGGUUAACUGAAUAAAUACAUUGGCUUACAUUACAAUUACGAUUUGAUAUUAAGUAAAAUUAUAUGCUUAUUAUUUGUGUAAAAUGGUAAAUAUACAACAUUGCAUGCAAUAGCAUACAGUAUGCAUACCAUAAUAAAGCAGCAUCCAAACAUACUGAAAGUCUUGAU